CAGAAAACCACACCAGAUCACCAACUCGACAACCUUCCAACCACAGACCAAAUCCAGUCACCAGUAUGGGGAAAUCAACAGACAUGUCUCGUGCCGAGCGAAAAGCCAAAAAGCGCGCCCUCGAAGACGCAAUUCCCGACUUACCAGGCGAUAACGAAGCCGGGACCGCCGAGGUAGAGAAGGUGGAGAAGAAAUCCAAGAAGAGGAAGCGGGAUGGGGAGGCAGACGACGAGGUGAUUGAGGAGAGCAAGGAGUCCAAAAAGGAUAAGAAGGAUAAGAAGAAGCGGAGGAAGACUGAGGAAGCUGAGGCUGUGGAGGAGGUCCAGGGUGAGGUGAAGGCGCCCAAGAAAGAUAAGAAGAGCAAAAAGGAUAAGAAAUUGGGGUCUGCAAAGGAGGAAGAGGCGCCUGAAGAGGUGGAUGUGGAUGCAGUUAUGGCAGAAGAGCCAGAAGCGCCGAAGAAGAGCAAGAAAGAGCGCAAAGCUGAGCGCAAAGCACGAGAGGCUGCUGAAGCUUCUGCAAAGGGUCCUAUACCUACAGAAGCCCCAGAGGCAUCCAUGAAGACCAAUGGAGAGACUGCAGAGGAAACAGCAGAAAAGAAAUCCAAGAAGAACAAUCGAAACCGGGAGAAGAAGCGGAAAGGUACUUCUGCGAAUGGGGAGACUUCACAGUCCGAGGAAGGAAAAGUUUCAAAAGCUGCGAGGUUUAUUGUCUUUAUAGGCAACCUCCCAUUUACUGCAACAACUGAGUCCAUAACCGCCCACUUCGCCUCCGUGAAACCCAAAUCCGUCCGCCACUUAACACAAAAAGACAACCCCUCAAAAUCAAAAGGCUUUGCGUUUGUGGAGUUUGAGGGUUAUGAUCACAUGAAGACAUGUCUGAAGCUCUUUCACCAUUCCAUGUUUGAUGAUGGGCUGUCGGCACCUAGGAAGAUCAAUGUGGAGCUCACGGCUGGAGGAGGUGGUAAUACUAAAGACCGAAAAGCAAAGAUUCAAGGAAAGAAUGAGAAGCUGAAUGAAGAGCGGUUCCGAAGGAUACACGAGGAGGAAAAGGCCAAGUUAGAAAAGGCUGCUGAAGGCGGGAAGACUAUUGAUGAGAGCGCAAUCCAUCCCAGCAGGAGAGGCAGAGUGCCAGUUGCAUAAGCCUUGUGUCUUAGGAUACCUUUUUAUGUUAGAUUCACGCAUUCAGAGAUACCAAUA